CCCGAUCACGUGACGUGUAACCAUGGCGGACACGGGCAGUCAGCUCAUGUUGGGCGCCGGCCUGACAGUUUUGUCGCACCCGAUGAUGUAUGUGAAGGUGCUGGUGCAGGUCGGACAUGAGCCUCUACCACCGACUUUAGGAAGAAACCUUUUUGGACGUCAGGUCUACCAACUUCCAGGUCUUUUCUCAUACGCCAAACACAUCAUUAGUAUAGAUGGGAAGAGCGGCCUGUUCAAGGGCUUGGUUCCCAGACUGUGCGCGGGGGCCAUUGGGACUGUUGUUCACAGUCAUGUCUUGCAGAACUAUCAGGACCCAAAUUCUAGCGAAGAAAGUGAACAGAAAGAUAGUUCAGCCUCACUGGACCUUAUUGUCAAAGAGACAACUCAGGAGAUGGUCGCUCGUUCCGCAGCUGCCCUUGUUACACAUCCCUUACAUGUGAUCACACUACGCUGUAUGGUGCAGUUUAUAGGAAGAGAGACCAAAUAUAGCGGGGUGUUUGGAUCCAUCGUGACGAUAUACAGAGAAGAAGGCAUCCUCGGCUUUUUUGCGGGAUUUAUACCAAGGCUUUUAGGGGACAUCUUUUCCCUGUGGAUCUGCAACAUGGCGGCUUAUCUCAUAAACAAGUAUGCUCUGGAAAAUGGGGCCAGCGGAGGAGAGAUGAAGAGUUAUUCUCGGGCAUUCACUGGGUUCCUGGCCAGUAUCCUGACAUACCCAUUUGUCCUGGUUUCCAAUAUCAUGGCUGUGAAUAACUGCGGGUUGGCCGGGGGGCUGCCCCCUUAUGCUGCUCCAUAUACCUCUUGGAUAGACUGCUGGACACAACUUAGCAAAGAGGGAAACAUGAAUCGGGGGAACAGCCUGUUUUUCCGCAAGGUGCCUGCAGGGAAGAGUUACGUGGUAGAACACAAGAGGUUUUAUUGAAGGUAGAAGGCGCUUGAUCCAGCCAACCAGAUCUGCUUGUUCCGCCUGGGAGGGGCCGACGGGGCGGAAAGUCGUUUAAUAAGUUCACAGAUGGUUUACAAUAUAUUUUUUUUUAAACGACCCUUCAUUCUCGAGAACUCAAGGCAUUGUAAAAUCUGUAUGAGGUGUUUGAGUCGCGCCAUUCCUCCUUUAAACCUGUCUCUGCCAGAGAGGAGCGUACCUUUCCCCAGGAAUGUAUUAAGCAGCUAAAGGGUUAACAAUACAGUGUCAAUUAUGAUCUAUUAUCUGUCUAUGCAUCUAAAUCUCCAGUUUGUACCUUUAUACCAAAAGUCUGUUUGUGGAGUAAAUGCUGCAGACUCUGCUAGGUUCCGACUCCCAAGCUGAUUUCUCUGCUCAGCCUCGACAGGCCGCUUUGGGGUGGGGUGGGGGGGAUAAUUGUGCCCCUUGUUUUUAAGAAUGCAUAGAAAAGUACAGAGAAUAAACUUUGGAGAAAAAAAAAAA